UAUAUAUAAACCUGAGACAAAGUUUGACCUCCUUCUCUUCAAUACCUAUUGCAUUUAAGUACCAGCUGCUUCUGAGUGCAGAUCAUGCUUCAACAAAACAGUUAAAUCAAACACUAAUUAUGCCAGAUAGGAAUAAAGUUCUGAUUGGUGCUGGAGUAAUAUGGGGUAUUACUAUUUGCUGUCUCUUCAUUAGUCGCAAACUUCCACGUUCAGUGGCAUUGUUAAAUUUUAUUCCUGGUAUUUUAUUUUGGAAUCAAAAAAUGGAAAACGAUGAAGAACAAAAAUGCAAUAUCAAUGAAGCUAGUACAUCUGUACCUGUAAGUUAUCAAUCUGACUCCCUUGAAGUAGAAGAAGAAAAUGUAAAGGGACAAAAAACACAAAAUUUUAUGGUUGGUGGAUUAAUAGGAGCAUCACCACCAAAAUUUGUUUCUCUUGAAGAAAUCAUAAAAGCUGCAAAUGGCAUGAAGAAUAUGGCAUUAGCACAUGAAAUUGCAGUGGAUAAAAAUUUUCAGUUGCAAAAGCUUGAACCUGAUGAUGGUACAUUUCACAGGAAAGUUAAAGAAAUUAUGCAUAAAGCUUUUUGGAAUUUAUUGUCAGAGCAACUAGCUGAAGAUCCUCCAAAUUAUACACAGGCAUUGAUUUUGUUAAAGGAAAUUAAAGAAACACUAGAUGAAUUAGUGUUACCACAUCAUGCAAAAAUUCGAGAAAAUUUAAGAGAAGUACUUGAUGUAGAUUUAAUUAAACAACAAGCUGAAAAUGGUGUUUUGGACUUCCAUCAUUAUGCUCAAUAUGUAAUAUCAAUUAUGAGUAAAGUUUGUGCACCAGUAAGAGAUGAAAAGAUUCGAGAGCUUAGUCAAAAGACAGAUGUUAUUGAAAUAUUUAAAGGUAUAAUGGAAAUAUUACAAUUAAUGCGACUUGACUUAGCAAAUUUUACGAUUACUAUGAUGAGACCAAAUAUAGUUGCUUCAAGUAUUGAAUAUGAAAAAGCCAAGUUUGCUGAAUUUUUAAAAGUUAAUACAAAUGGUCUACAACUUACUGAAAAAUGGUUGUUAAGGCAUUUUGAUUCAACAGAAAUUACAAGCAGUUCAUCCGAUAUUAAUGCUGUGCGUCAGCUUACACAUUGUCUUUUAACUGAAGCAUACCUUGAUCUCCUGGAAUGGGAUUUUAAUCCGGAUGCAGAAACUUUAAUGCUCGAUCAAGGUAGAUUACUAGAAUUGCGUGAUAAAACUAGCAGAUUAAGCAUUAUAGGAUCUGUAAUAUUGCUGGUAAAUAAUACAGUAGGUGCACCAAUUCACGGAGUAUUAAGCUUUAAAAAGAAUAUUAAGCAACACCUCAAUGUGUUAUUAGAUUCUGUACACUCAAAUAAGGAUUUGGAAACUAUAAUGCCAAAUAUUGUAUUACAAGUGAAAAUGGACUUAAAAACAACAUUGAAAGAAAUUGGUGCUGCUCCAUUAUCUCUGGAGAUGGAAACAUUAUUAGAAGGACAGAUAUUAGACCUUAUCAAUCCAGAGCAUAAAAUCAGACAUCUUAUAAACCUGAGAAUUCGACAAUUUUUACAAAAAAUAAUAUUAUCUCAAUCCACGGCACCACAACAAGUACCACCUGGACUUUCAUCACUUCAAGAAGAGUUAACUGCAAUAGUAGCACAAUUUUUAAUACUUAUUUCUCAUAAUCGAAGUGUAUUUGGAGAAUAUUAUCAAGAAAUUAUUACUAAUGCUCUUAUCAAAACAGAAACUGAAAGUAAUAAAGAUACGAGUGGAAUUCAUACCGUGGACUUGUAA